GUGUGCAUCGCAGCGUUUUAUGAUAAUAAUUCGAAGUACCAACUUCUCACCGACGUUCAAAAUUCUUGCACCAAGGCUCCCAACUGCCUUGCAUUCACAGAAUCUCAAUACAACAUCGCAAUAGUUUUUAUGAACAACACUAGCAAUUAAUGUUCAGCUAACACAACCGAAUUGCUCACUAAAAAGUUUGAACCAAAAAAAUGUCCGAAAGACUGGUUCCCAUGGAUGCGUCCGAAUGGUCAAAUAUGGUGUCAUAUGGUUUCUAGCAAAGGAAGGUCUUAUCAAGAAGCAAGCGUUUACUGUCAAGGAAUGGGAGCCGAGCUGAAUGGAUUUCAGACUGUUGAGGAGAGAAAUGCGUUUAUUGGAUUCAUGAAAAAGAUACCAAUCAGGUCAGAUUUUCUAUGGAUUUACGUUGGAGCGAGACGAUCAUGCUCAGUCGGCACAUGCUCUAAAACUGUUCAGUUCCAAUGGCAAAACGGAGUAUCCACCAAUCACAGUCUUGCAAACGACAAUUACUACUCGCAGUGGUGGGAGGGACUCGGAAAUUGCUUGGGAAUGCUAUAUGAUAAGAACGGAUUGUACGAUGACAUGGGAUGUGUUCAGCAGACUGCUUCUUCAUGUGGAAUGUGGGCGAAUUUUUGA